AUGUCAGCAGAAAUCGAACCACAUGUCCCAUCACCUACAGAUGUCACUCCUAAUACACCAAGUGUUCCCAUAGACUCAUCUCUUGCGCCGCUGCUACCCUUGGAACUGGUUGACAAGGCGAUUGGCGCGCGGAUCUGGGUGAUACUCCGCAGUGGCAGGGAAUUCAAGGGUACGCUUGUUGGCUUUGACGAUUAUGUGAAUAUGGUUCUUGAGAAUGUUACUGAGUACGAUGUGAAUGGAGAUAUCGUGGCAGAACUGCCAAAACUUUUGCUCAACGGCACAAACGUGACCCUCAUCAUCCCAGAAGACCAGUAA